AUGAGGGGGCAGCUAUCAUUUCACAUUCAUAAUGUUGUACUCUCUCUACGAGCUAACGUUGGAGCAGCAGAAAGCACUGAGAUUGCCACUCUUGACCCCAACAUGCUCAAUACCAAUGGCCUUUACUGGAUGCUUGUUGAGACUGGUCUGGCCUUAAUAGCCGUGAAUCUUCCUCUCUUGUAUGGCACCGUGAGGAAAAAUGCCACCAAUGGCUCCUCAUCCAAGAUUUCUUCUACACACAGGAAGAAUAGUGGGUCUCAAGAGUAUGGCGACCACAUUGAGUUGGCCUAUGGUGUGCAAAACAACUCCGACACUAAAGCUACUUCCGCACAACCUUUGGAUCCUAUUGACGUGGAAGCUAGCAACAUCAAGAUCACAAAAUCUUAUGGUGUGGAUUGGAGUUGUGAACAAGUGUGCAAUGGACAAUGUAUGUCUCUGCUGAGAAUAGCGUUGAAGAGACAUAAAGAAUUCGGUGGAUUUAAGCUUUUUCGGUAUAAAUUAAUCCAUAGCAACUAUGUCACCAUGUAA